AAAUGAAUCCCGAGCGGCAGGAAACAAUAUCGCCGAAAAAUGUGCCGUUUCAGCCUGUUCCUACGCCAAAUCAACAGAGUCUACAAUCUCGCAUGUUGGAAUCCAAUCAAGCUGUUCCAGAUGCAUUUCAAAAAGUUGCAGCUUGGAAUCACUAUAAUGCAGUAGCAACACCGCCAAUCGGAGUUCCUCAAACUGCGCGCCCUCCAUCAAAUCAAUCACCACAUCCAAAUCCACCAGGCUAUCCAUAUCAAUCGCAUCAACAACAAUUUCACCCAUUAGCAAUAGCAUUCCAGCAGCCGUUUGGAUUACCGCAACAAGUGAUCUACCCUCCACCACCACCAGGUUUUACGCCACAUCGUGUUCAAGUAUCACCCGUCGGACUUUUGGGACCUCCCGGAUUCUUUCCGCAAUUUGCCGGCUCAACAACUUCUCAAGGAAAUCCAUCAGAAGUUUCAGUCCGAACGAAAUCUGCGGAGGGAACGACAGGUCCGAUUGCUCCUUCUAUCACUACAAAACCUACAUCCACCAUUCAAGUUGCACCUCCACGUGACCCAGUCGCACCUACGACAUCAUCUUCUGGAAUCACCAAAAAGCCUGAAAAUGGUGAAUUUUCGCUAGUAAAAACGAUUUCGGGACAUACUAAGUCUGUAUCUGUGAUAAAGUUUUCGUAUUGCGGAAAGUAUCUCGGAACUGGUUCAGCUGACAAGCAAAUAAAAGUAUGGAACACCGUUGACAUGACGUACUUGCAAACUCUCGCCAGUCAUCAACUAGGAAUAAACGAUUUUUCAUGGAGUUCCAAUAGUCAGUUCAUAGCAUCAGCUUCUGAUGAUACUACUGUCAAGAUAUUUGAUGUUAUCAGUGGAGCUUGUCUAAGAACAAUGCGUGGUCAUACUAAUUAUGUCUUCUGCUGCAGUUUCAACCCUCAAUCAUCAUUGAUCGCAUCUGCUGGAUUUGAUGAAACAGUUCGUGUUUGGGAUUUCAAAACUGGACUCUGUGUUAAAUGUAUUCCUGCUCAUUCGGAUCCAAUUACAUCUAUAUCGUACAAUCACGAUGGAAAUACAAUGGCUACUUCAUCAUAUGAUGGAUGUAUUCGUGUAUGGGAUGCAGCUAGUGGUUCCUGUCUAAAGACACUUGUCGAUACAGAUCAUGCCCCCGUUACUUUUGUAUGCUUCUCACCAAAUGGAAAAUAUUUGCUAUCGGCGCAACUUGACAGCAGUCUCAAGCUAUGGGAUCCAAAAAAGGCGAAACCAUUGAAAUAUUACAACGGUCAUAAAAACAAAAAAUAUUGCCUUUUUGCAAACAUGUCGGUCCCACUUGGAAAGCAUAUCAUCAGUGGUUCUGAAGAUGGACGUAUACUUGUAUGGAGUAUUCAAACAAAACAAAUCGUACAAAUAUUGGAAGGUCAUACUACUCCCGUUUUGGCAACGGAUUCUCAUCCAACACUCAACAUCAUUGCUUCUGGUGGACUAGAGCCCGACAACGUUAUUAGAAUCUGGCGUCGAAACUAGAAUUAAAAAUAUAGAAAAUAGCACUGACUGCACUUUCAAACUCUUUCAUUUGUAUCAUGGUUUUUUAUUUUCCCCGUUUCUUUCAUCAACUGAAAUAUGAUCUCGGUUGUCUUUUCUUGUAGCAUAUUUUAAGGUUCGAUAUCAAUUCAGAUCUCCUCCUCAUCACAUUACUAAAUAUUUAUUCAAGGAAUAUACUAUUUCUAUUUUGUACUAUGUUGACAAUAAAUGGCUCAAUGAAC